UUUAGGGUUCUUGAGCAUCAAAUGCAGGGGCUCAAGAGGCUUUUGGCGCAGCGGGACAAUCGCGUGUGCGCCGACUGUGGAGCUGCCGAUCCGAAAUGGGCAUCUGCGAAUUUGGGGGUUUUUGUGUGCAUACAAUGCUCUGGGAUCCAUCGCAGCCUUGGCGUUCAUAUUUCUAAGGUGAUGUCGACCUCGUUGGAUGAAUGGACAGACGAACAGGUCUCUGUGAUGGCUGAAGUUGGAGGAAAUGCGGCAGCGAAUGCAAUCUACGAGGCCCAUUUGCCCGCUGGAAGCCGGAAGCCAUGUCCAGAUUCGACUAUGGAGGAGCGAAGGGAAUGGAUAGUGAGAAAAUACGAGUACCAAGACUUUGUGAAGCCCACACUCCGCUUGAAUUCCACAAACCAUUCUUCCCAUUACAGGCAGUCGUUUAGACAAGAGGAAGAGCGCCCUUCCUCAACCUCUCGUCGAUCUUCCAUGCGGCAUCUCCUGUCCCGAAAGAAGACAUCCAAAAACUCUCCAUCUAAAUCAGCUGCCAUGGUUGAGUUCCUCGGUUUGCUCAAAGUGCGAGUUGUCAAAGGGACGAACUUGGCCGUAAGAGACAUUCUCACGAGUGAUCCUUACGUGGUACUGAACUUGGGCCAUCAGACGGCUAAAACCAAGGUUGUGAACAGCAACUUAAAUCCAGUCUGGGACGAAGAGAUCAUGUUAUCGGUUCCAAGCGGGCCUCCUGUUCCACUCAAGCUCCAAGUUUUCGACUAUGACAAGUUCUCGGCGGACGAUAUUAUGGGAGAAGUGGAGGUGGAUUUACAGCCGAUCGUAGCGGCGGCGAGCGUUUUAGAGGAAGCGAUGGAAGACCAAAUCGAUGAUCCGGGAGAAGUCCAAAUAGGGAGAUGCCUGGCCACGGCCGAGAACGCGCUUGUAAGUGACAGCGUGAUUAGAUUAGUCGGGGGUCAAAUAAAGCAGGAUUUGGCUGUAAAGCUCCAGAACGUCGAGAGCGGCGAGGUCCAGCUCGAGCUAGAAUGGGUUCCUUUGGCACAAUAAAAAAAAUAAAAGCAUAGCUUUUCAUUUGGUAA